AUGAUCAAAGAUGGCGGAGUGUUUGAUGAGAAUGUCACUAUUAAUGUUGCUGAACAGACAGUGACUUUUUACGUACCCUCACGAGAAGGCGCUGUUGAAGCUAAUGUUGUCCACGAUUUUCGCAAGGUAAACUUCGCUUUCGCAGUGACAGAGUGUUAGUUUUUCUUUUCUAAACUGAUCAAACUUACUCACUGAGAAUAUGUGAGAGUGAGUAUUGUAUAUGAAUAAUAUCCAAGCCAGUGGCUAUGUCAACACAUGAAAUGUUUUAUACAUACAGUAAUAAAAUAAACUGAAGGAAUUUAUUUACCUUUACUCUUUUAUAAAGCCUGCGUGAUAGCAAGCGCUUAUAUAUGAGCCAAGCGGGUGAGCGGGGAAUUUAUGUGUUUUGCCCCCUUGUUCCCACGUUAGGAACCGGCCCCUCAACCUGGCGUUCCCGGCGGCCCUCUGGCGAUUUUCCGCUGGUCCCCUACCGUUUAUGCCCUGAGCGAAGCCCUGCUUCGUCUCUGUGAAAUGUUAAAAUAUGGAACAUCAACGUGCCUUUUUACGCAAGAUGUCAACACUUUUACCCAUUCUCUUCACUUCUUCACUUAUAGAACUUGGAGAUAAUCAGUUUGCCGGAGAAGAAAGUUUGUUUCGUAUCGCAGCUGAACAGCGACUUUCCACGACCUGUAGAACUGAUUGACUCUUUCAGAAAGGUACGUUAUAUGGACUUAAAUUGCCUUAUGAUUAGCCUGAGAUAACAACCGACAUUUGGCGACGCCACCAUAGGCCUGGAUACAAAUAUCCGGAUAUUUUUAAAGAUAUUUAGAAGAUUUUGGGAUUUUUAGAAAAUCUCAUGAUAUUUAGGAAAAAAACUGUUAUAUUUCGAAUUUUGUUACGAAAAAUGUACUGAAAUCAUUUUUUUUUUCUAGGAAGCUACUUCAAUACUAAUUAGGGCAUGGGGCAUUUCACGCAGUGACAGAAAUCCAAAGAAAUCUCCACAUAUGUAACCUGAUAUCAGGCUCAAUUUUCGUUUAGCUUUCUAAAUAACAUUCCGGCGGGCAAGGCGAAACGAAAAGAGAGCCUGAUAGAAACCUUCUACGAAACGUCGGCCGCCCACUAUUUUUAUUGAUUGACAUUUGCCGAAUCAACCAACCAAAACCACUUGUUGCAUGUUUUUUAGUAUGCAAAUUUUUCAUACGUGGGAAGAAAAUGCAGACUCACUGACUUAAAAAAUAGCUUUUAUCUUUUUUUUCAACAAUAAAACAGUCGCCACAAUCACAUUUAACUUCUUGUGAGAUUCCCCGAGGAGAUCUUGAAGGUUAUUCUGUUGCAGUAGAAGGUAAAAAGUUUUCGAAAAGACGGCGACACGAUGUUCUAGUUUAAAUAUUUUGGCUAGGCGCGCUCGAUUUUUAAAGUUUUAAAAUACUGAAAAUGCAUGAAAUUUCCAUUUUUCUAAUGCUUUCAUAUUUUCCUCGACAAUUUUCCCCGAUUUUCAGUGGAUAAUUCUUUUAAACUCUCGGAGGAACAUAUCUUCACUUUUUCAAAGGAAAAAUAAAUUAUCUCAGAACAAACCAAACGAGUUCUCAAGAGCAUUUAAUUUAGUCCCGUGAAUACACUUUGCAAUUUGCGAAUUUACUAGAAACAACCGUCUAAAAAAAUAUUUUGUUAUAAGUCUAGGUAUUAAAAAUAUUAUCUGCCACUUUGUUGGAAAGACGUAACGGUACUACUAAUGACUGCACGCUCGACUGAGCUGAAACAAAAUGAAAAACAUUAUUACAAACACACUUCAAGUUCUCCUUUGUUGUGUUGCCUCCGCUUGGGUACCCCGUUCAGAGAAGUCAUUUCCGGCUAAACUUUCAAAUGAAACCAGUUUUAGAUGGACAGUAUUUUGAUUUGCACUCGUUAAGGCACAUUGUUCGCAGUCAACAACUUGCAGAGAGAUUCAACUCUACGAUACACUCACAUUAGUUCCGUAAAUAAAGCAAAUCCUGAGAAGAUAUGAACAACCAUCUGAAUUUUCUGAAUUUCCAGGGCACAUAUUAAGGCAUAUUUUUCUUCUAUAUCUGAGACCAUAAAACAAUAAAAAAGACAGCAAAGUCGAUCCUUCUCUCCGCCGACGGCUGGUCAUUCGUGAAGACAACCACGCGAAGAAUAAGGGCUUUCAACUUCCGUUGAUUCCAACAGCCAAUCAGAUCUUGUGGCAUUGUUCUAACAGCAAAUCAGCGUUGCAGCCAAAAUCUGGCCGCAGUGAGCACAAACUUGUGAGAGUUUGUAUCAGGGCCAACUUUUAGCGGUAGCCGUUAGAGAGAAUGUAUGAGAACCGCUAAUAUAUGCCAUGUGGCUAAUGUUCAGCAAAAUGGCUGAUGAUUUACCCUCUGAGCCACGCACAAACCAAAUAGUAUGUAGUGUCCCUUUUAGACCAUCUUAAACUUCCAGCACCUCAUGGUCUGUCACGAACUCUGUCUGAAUUAAAGUGCAGUGCCCUAGUCUUCUUGGAGGCUGAGGGGUACUGUAAAUAAGGUUGACUUUAUGUGAAAUUGUUUAGAGUUUUGUUGUAUGCUGUACAAGAAUAGAAUUUCCUGAAAUUUAUGUUGCCAUUUUAGAUGACAGACUAUAUUUUUGUGUUUUUACUGUAAUAUUUAUGAAAUGAAGCCAGAUAUUUUUGAGAUAUUUAGAACUUUUUCGAGAUAUUUAGAAAAAAAUCGGGAAUUUCUGGAAAUAUAUUUGGGCGAUUUUUCGUGAUAUUUGUAUCUAGGCCUACGCCACCACUGGUUUCCCCACGAAAUAACGUCUGAGAAACGAGCGCAGAAGAGCGUCUGAGUAUGGGUAGUAUGGAAAGUGCCGUGUGGGAAAUUUGCUUCAACCAAUCAGAAGCACUACCCAGAUCUGGGUAGUGACGAGUCAUAAGUGUGGAAUUUCUGCGCUCGGGAAACCAGUGACGGCGUCGUUUGAUUAAUGUCGGUUGUUUUUCUCACGCCACCUUAUGAUGCAAUGCCUAAAGACACUAGCAUAAAUAAAAAGCAUAUUCUUGCAAUUCCUAGGCAGCCCGCAACAAAACAAGUCUUUCCAUUUUGCUGAGGACAAAAUCCGCCAUGGAGAUAAAAGAAGUGCCAGAUGACCUUUCUAGUCUUCAUCGUGCCGCCUUGGAAAAUAUGUGUCAGAAUUUCCUGAAUUUCGAGCAGAACCCGUAAACCAAGAUUCAAAUUCUGCUACCACGCCCCUAUCGCCACAAAAAGGCAAGUGUUCAUCAUUCAGUAAACCAACCAACCAACCAUGAAGAGAGGCCUGCAGAACAGGCGUUUUUUAGGCGAGCGAAGGCAAGCGCAAGACGGGCGUGAAGCGCAAAAGGUGCGACAGCUGGGAGGCUCGGAAGAAAGAGAUUCGAGCUUCCCCUGUCGCGCGUGUCUCGCGCUCCACGCCUAUCUCUUGCUAGCCUACGUGCAUACCUCUCCUAUUUCCUUUGUACUCGCAAGUAACAAAGGAAAUAGGAGAUGUCUGGGCGCAGGCCAACCUUGCGCUUAUCUUCGCUUAGCCUCCCAUGCAGGCGUUUUCAGGGAGCUCGUAUUUCGUCCCUACCCGCAGCUGUAUUUUGAUACAUUGAUACAAGUAAGUUGCAGCUUUUAGACUUACAAAAAUUCAUGAAAUAACAGCACAAUUUAUAAAUUAAACGAACCUUAACAUAAAAUACAGCUGUGGGGAGAAACGAAAUACGAGCUCCCUUAAAAACGCCUGCGAGGGGGCUAUCUUCGCUCGUCAGAAAAACGCGGGAAAAAUAAACAUCCGUUUCUCCGCGCGAAACUUCCCCAGCGGCGAAGAGCGAGGAGAAACGGAUGUUUUCGCAGGCUAUGAAGAAACAGUAAAGUUUGGGUUUUAUUAACUGAUUGAGUAAAAACUGAAAAGGUAAACUUUCAAGGGCAAGCAGAGUCCUGUGGAACAGGUACUACUUACAGUAUACGGGGGCGGAUCUAGGGGGAGGGUGCAGGGGGUGCGCCCCCCCUCCCUCCUGAGAUGACCUGCGGUUUUCUAAUACAACUGUUAUUCUGCAAAAAAAAAAACUAUGUGGUUUAUUGGUGUUGAAGUAGAGCAAGAGACGAGUACACCCCCUCCUAAAAAAAUCCUGGAUCCGCCCCUGGUAUAUAUAUGACUUUGGCUUCGCGUUUGAAUCUUCGGUUACUUCAGGCCGAAGUCUUCAAUGAACGCAAACCUUCCACAAGUCCUAUGAAUGCAUGUCUGCAUGAUGGGAAGUUAAGCAUGCCGCGCCACGAGUGUCGUGUCAAGGGCAUAUUGAAAACAAAAUUAUAACCAACUGAGCUAGCAUACGAGAAUCUCAUAUGACAAUGUUUUAAAACUAACUUUUUGUUUUACCUUAUUUCAGGCAAAAAUAAGAAUCAUGUUUAUCGACGCAAUUGUUCUAGCACAGUUUGCUAUACAGUGA